AUGAUCAUACUGCAUCCCUUUAAAACAAAGUUCUUCUUUUCUUUCUUUCAAAUGAUCAUUCUUCUUUCAAAUCCCUUUAAAACAAAGGUUUCUUUCUUCUUUUCAAAUGAUCAUACUGCAUCCCCUUUAAAACAAACAUUCCCUUUGCAUCCCUUUAAAAAAGUUCUUCUUUCAAAUGAUCAUACUGCAUCCUCUUUAAAACAAACAGUUCUUCUUUCAAAUGAUCAUACUGCAUCCCCUUUAAAAAACAGUUCUUUCUUUCAAAUGAUCAGUUCUUCUGCAUCCCCUUUAAAACAAACAGUUCUUCUUUCAAAUGAUCAUACUGCAUCCCCUUUAAAACAAACAGUUCUUCUUUCAAAUGAUCAUACUGCAUCCCCCCUUUCAAAAAACAUCCAGUUCUUCUUCUUUCAAAUGAUCAUACUGCAUCCCCUUUCAAAAAUCAUACUGUUCUUCUUUUCAAAUGAUCAUACUGCAUCCCUUUAA